UUGAUAACAUUAUUUCAGAUAAAUAUAGCUUGGAAAUGUUUACAUUGUGAAAUCUUGUGUAUUAAACGUACAUUUGCAUUCGUUUGAGCCACAUCACUUUAAUAAAUCACUCAAAGCAGAGUUUUUAUUUGUUUGUGAACGUAAAAUAAAUCAGAAUGUUCUUUCGAAUCGUAGUAUGGAUGUUUCGUGAGCGUAGAAAACGUAAAAAACCACAACCUCACGAUAUUACCGCUGUGGAACGCCAAGAGAAACUAAGUGAUGAAAUCGACGGUAAAUCAGAGUCAAGUUUUGCCAAACGUCCGAUCACAUACGAUUUGCUUUGUAUGUGGGGCUUACUUGAAACAUUGAUCCUAGCAAGUGUGAUGAUGUUCAAAGAGCAGGACUAUAAAGACAACUUUACGCAUGGACUUUGUGCAACCCACGAAUGCAAAAAACUUGUGUUCAAUGCAUUAAUAUACAAAAUUGUCUGUUCCAUUCUGCUGACGAUUGGCGCAAGAACAGAGAUUACUAUACUCAUGCUUCCGUGGUUCAUAUUCAAUAUAGCAGGUGUGUUUCCAUUUUUAUCAGUGAUCAUAUCAUCUUUUUGGCGUUUUAAAGAAGUGAAAAAAUUUCCAGCAUUAAAUUGGGCUUUUAAAAUCCUGUUCGAAUGAAUGAAAAAUAUAUGAGCUAACUAAAUACAGCUGAAAUGGAUGGAUGGAUGCAUACUAAAAUGUGGAACAAAAAGUUAUUGGGACAGAAAUUUACACAUUUUCGAAACAAUAGUUUUGAUUUUGCCCUUUUUCUUUCUUUUAUCGAAUCGUUUGGGUAAACUUUAAAAAUAUUCAACCAUUUGACUAUAUUUUCAAAGCAUUUUUAUACUAAGAAUAAAGGAUUUUAUCACAUACA